AUGAGCAAUAGUUUCCUUUAUGGAGGUGAACCACCUCUAUCAAAAUCAAAAUUCAACUUAAAGAGACCAAACAUCUUAAAAAAUAUUUCAAUCUUGAAAACAACACCUGAGAAUAAAAUAAAUACGUUGAAUAACAAAGAAAGAGCCCUUUGGAAAUGGGCAAAUGUGGAGAAUUUAGACGUUUUCUUACAAGACGUUUAUGAUUAUUAUUUGGGGAAUGGAUUCACAUGUAUUGUAUUGGAAAAAGCUCUGAAUAUAAUUACUUUGAUCUUUGUCGUUUAUAUUUCAACAUACCUAGGGUAUUGUAUUGAUUACUCACAUAUCUCCACUAGUAAACGACUUGAAGACAUUAAAAUUGAUCAGUGUUAUAACAAUAAUAUAACAGGAUUUAUUAAGGUCUUACUUUGGUUAUUCUAUAUAUUUAUUUUUUUGAAAAUGGCACAAUUAUAUUUCGAUGUUAAAAAUUUGACAGAUAUUCAUAAUUUUUACAAUUAUCUCUUGAAUGUUUCGGAUAAUGAAUUACAAACAAUCCCAUGGCAAAAUAUUAUUGAACAAAUUAUGUUUUUAAAGGAUCAAAAUGCUCUUACCUCCAACGUCGUGGCAAUGAAAGCCAAAAAUAGAAUCGAUGCACAUGAUGUCGCCAAUAGAAUAAUGAGGAAAGAUAACUAUUUAAUUGCAUUAUACAAUAGUGAAGUAUUAUACUUAUCACUACCAAUACCUCUCUUUAGAACAAAUAUCCUAACAAAAACCUUAGAAUGGAAUAUCAACCUCUGUAUCACUGGGUUUGUAUUCAAUGAAUCUGGCUUCGUAAAACAGAUGUUCCUAAAGGAAUCACAACGCCAAUACCUUUCUGAAGAAUUAAGGAAAAGAUUUAUGUUAGCUGGGGUAUUAAAUAUUAUCCUUUCCCCAUUUUUAGUCACAUAUUUCAUCCUGUUGUAUUUUUUUAGAUAUUUUAAUGAAUACAAAACAUCACCUGGCUCCCUUAGUGCAAGACAAUAUACUCCAAUGGCAGAAUGGAAAUUCAGAGAAUACAAUGAACUAUAUCAUAUUUUUAAGAAAAGGCUGGGUCUGAGCAUGAACGUUGCGAAUAAAUACAUCGACCAAUUCCCCAAGGAGAAAACAAAUUUGAUUUUGAAAUUUGUCGCAUUCUUAUCAGGAUCAUUCAUUGCUAUAUUAGCAACAUUGACAUUAGUAGACUCUGAAAAUUUCAUAAAUUUCGAAAUCACUAAUGAUAAAUCAGUGGUUUUCUUCUUUACGAUAUUUGGUGCAAUUUGGACAGUAAGUAGAAACGCAGUCUCUCAAGAAUAUAAUACAUUUAACCCUGAGGAAACAGUUCGUGAAUUAGCAUCGUAUACGCAUUAUUUACCAAAGGAAUGGAAGAAUGCAUAUCAUACUGAGGAAGUAAAAAAUGAUUUUUGCAAAUUAUACAAUUUAAGAAUCGUAAUUCUACUAAGAGAAUUAACUAGUUUGGUUUUGACCCCAUUUGUGUUAUGGUUUGCAUUACCAAGAUCUGCUGAGAAUAUUGUAGAUUUCUUUAGAGAAGCUUCUACCUAUGUUGAUGGUCUAGGGUAUGUCUGUAAAUAUGCAAUGUUUGAAAAUGUCAAAGAUGUUCAAAUAGAUACAUCCAACAAACAGGGCACUGGUAUUCAAGUUCCAGGUCCCAUCUACGAACACACCAAUGGGAAAGAUAAUAUUGAUCUCGAAGAUGUUGGGAAUGAAGAGGAAGACGACGAAACGGUUAACAAUGCUAAGAAUAAGAUGAUGCAAUCAUAUAUGUAUUUCAUUGAAGAUUAUGAGAAUAGCGAAAAUAUGGUAGGUAAAUAUCAAUUGCCCUCAAGAAAUGACGCCGCUAUUGAUGGCCCGCUAAUGAUGAAUAAUAAUUACUCAUGGAAAAAACAAUUUCAACCUGGACAAAAUCCUGAAUUAUUUAGAAUCGGUAACCAUACGUUGAAUGACAAUAAUCGUGGAACUUCUACUUCGAGAAGGAAAGGUAAAAGUUCAGGAAGAAGAAAUGGCCAACUUGGUACUGGUUCAAACAAUGAACUCGUAGGUUCUUUCAUUAAUACCGAAGGAUUUCUUCGCCAACACGAUUCUCCAGAUAAUGGGAGCCAUAUUCUUGGGUCUGCACUAAGACAAAACGCUAAUGACACUAAUAACGGAGGUGUAUUGGGACUUGUUAAAGAAUACUAUAAGAGGUCUGACGUCGGUAGAUGA